AUGGCCUCGGAAGCAGCAGCAGCAGCGUCUCGCUCCAAGAAGCACGCUAGAGAUGAUGUCGAUGAGCAACCACAAACCAGCGUUGAAAAAGUGAGCUCCAAUGACAGUGAGUCAAAAGCACCUCAAUACAAGGAAAAAUUCGCCGAGCUCAAUAUGUCUCCUCCAACAAUGAAAGCUAUCGAGAAGCUUGGAUUCACCAAUAUGACACAGGUCCAAUCCCGUACGAUCCCUCCGCUACUGGCUGGCCGUGACGUGCUGGGUGCCGCCAAGACAGGUUCCGGAAAAACUUUGGCGUUUUUGCUGCCUGCUAUCGAAAUGCUGAAUUCACUGAAGUUCAAGCCUCGUAACGGUACUGGUGUGAUUGUCAUCACCCCCACUCGUGAGCUUGCCUUGCAGAUCUUCGGUGUUGCCAAGCAGCUCCUAGAAUUCCACUCGCAAACUUUCGGUAUCGUCAUCGGCGGUGCCAAUCGUCGUCAAGAGGCCGAUAAACUUGCCAAAGGUGUCAACUUGUUAAUCGCCACACCUGGCAGACUUCUGGACCAUCUUCAAAAUACUCACGGGUUCGUCUUCACGAACCUGCGCGCCCUGAUCAUUGACGAAGCGGACCGUAUUCUGGAAAUUGGGUUUGAGGACGAAAUGCGUCAAAUUGUCAAGAUUCUUCCCAACAAGGACCGCCAAACCAUGCUAUUUUCUGCCACACAAACUACUAAAGUAGAAGAUUUGGCUCGUAUUUCUCUAAGGCCUGGCCCUCUGUUCAUCAACGUUGAUUCUGAAAAAGAAACAUCAACAGCGGAAGGUUUGGAACAAGGAUAUGUGGUCUGUGAAAGUGACAAGCGUUUCCUGCUUUUGUUCUCCUUCCUCAAGCGUAACCAAAAGAAGAAGAUCAUUGUCUUUCUGUCUUCGUGCAACUCGGUCAAGUAUUACGCUGAGCUAUUGAACUACAUUGAUUUGCCAGUACUGGAGCUGCACGGGAAGCAAAAACAGCAAAAACGUACCAACACAUUUUUCGAGUUCUGCAAUGCUGACAGAGGUACUCUCGUCUGCACAGAUGUUGCGGCCAGAGGUCUUGAUAUACCUGCUGUCGACUGGAUCAUCCAAUUUGACCCACCUGAUGAUCCAAGAGACUACAUUCACAGAGUCGGAAGAACUGCAAGAGGAUCCAAGGGUAAGGGCAAAUCGUUGAUGUUCCUAACCCCCAACGAACUUGGGUUUUUACGCUACUUGAAGGCUGCAAAGGUUCCUCUCAAUGAGUUCGAGUUCCCUACCAACAAGAUUGCCAAUGUUCAGUCACAGCUCGAGAAACUGAUCAGAUCCAACUAUCACCUCCACCAGAUUGCCAAGGACGGUUACAGAUCGUACUUGCAGGCAUAUGCAUCACACGGUCUUAAGACCGUCUACCAGAUCGACAAGCUGGAUCUCGCAAAGGUGGCAAAGUCCUACGGUUUCCCAGUCCCACCAAAGGUAAAUAUCACCAUUGGAGCGUCUGGAAAAGCUCCUCCUGCAAAGAAGCGGAAGGUCAGGAACUGA